CCAUGGUAAACCCACUUGGAAUAAGAAAGAAAGACCACCUUAUGCUUUUAUUUGAUUGCUUGCUAUUGUUUUCUACUUCUUUCAAGCAAAUGAAACAAACACAUAAACUAUUAUACUCUUUCUACACGUGAAAGGGAAUUUGUGGGUUAAUGGUAAGGGAAAGUAUAUUUUUAGGGAAAAUAUUACGUUUAAUCAUUGGGUUUACUAAUGUGUCAUGUUUAGUCAUUGUAAGAAAUUAUUAUUCAUGUUGGUUACUCGAAUUAGUAAAACGGUUCACGUUUAGUCACUCUCCAUUAGUCUCCAUUAAUUUCUGUUAACACCAUUAGUCAAUUGAUUAAGUGAUUAAUAGAAGUGCUGACUCACCCUUUUCACCCGCCACAUCACCAAACCCGACCCGGCACGUCACUCAACCGCCAUGUCAUCUUUCCCAACCCAAUUCUUAAACCCCAACCAACCUAUGAACCGACACAUCUAUCCCUCUUUCUCUCUCCUCUUCGCAUGUCCAGAACCCGCCUUUCUGGCGCUUGAUCUCAAUACAGUUGUUGCUACUCAAGAUCAGAACUUCCAUUGGUGCUGAAGGUUUCUGAUACACACCCACAGGGACUGCGUUCUUUAGCGGCCAAUUUCCUCUCCCACAGAAAAUAAACAAACGAUAAACACCACCAAACCAGUUGUUAGGAUUUUUCAAACGCGCCAAAGCCAAUCCUCAAAGCCCUCUGCCAAAAGAGAAAAUGGGUGACACAAUGACGACGUUGCCGGUGGCGGAGCUGACCAACACUAUCUUGAUCGACAAAGCGGCGGUCGGGCUAGCCUUGAAGCAUCCAUUUUUCGAUCAGGUCUCGAUUCGAUCCAUUGUCUCUCGCCCUGAGGGAGGAGCUGGGAUCGCCGGGCAGCGCAUCUGGGUUGGCAGAUGGGUCAAGACAGGGAGGGAGCAAGAGAAGGGCAUUCGCCUUCUAAUUGGAUGUCAACGACGGGUCGUGCCCUGCGAAUCUGCAAGUUGUUGUGAACCAUGACGCUGUAGAGGUCGGUCUCGGCUCAAUGGUGUCGACUGGGACCUCCGUCUCGGUCGAGGGGUUGCUGAAGGUGCUGCCUGAGGGGUUAUGGCAAUAAGCCACCACCGUCAUCGCCGACGGAAGUUCAGAUCUUGAAGCGGAGCAGCAUCAGCUGCGUUGAGAUAAAGUGCCAGAAAGGCGGGUUCUGGACAGGCAAAGAGGAGAGAGAGAGGGAUAUAGGGGCCAGUUUAUAGGUUGGUUGGGUUUAUGGAUUGGGUUAGAAAAGAUGACAUGGCGGAUUGAGUGAUGUGGCGGGUUGGGUUUGAUGAUGUGGGGGUUAAAAGAAUGGUGAGUCAGCAUUUCUGUUAGCCACUUAAGCAAUAGACUAACGGAAAGUGACUAGACGUAGACCGCUUUACUAAUGAGAAUGACCAACAUUAAUAUUAAGAUUUUCCGGUGAAUAAACAUGAUAAAUUUUA